CAAAGUCACAGUAUUCAGGCCUGUCCUCGCGGUGUAUCAUCACCAAUUAUUUUCUACCUGACCUCACCGUACUGAGACGCAAGAUGCAUCGCACCGUCGUCAUCAUCGCUAUCGUCGUUUGCUGUUCUUUCACACUGAGAGCUGCGGCGGAAGAUACAGUGCUGGACCAACAAUCGCUUGACUUUGGAAGUGUGGCUGUUGAGGAUCAAGUCGAUGGCGGCGCGGUACACACCAGGGAAAAGAGAACGCUGUUCUUGAAGAAGAAGCUGCUCGGCGCUGGCCUCCUCGGCUUCGGUCUCGGCGUCGCGAAAGGAUACAAAGCCGGUUAUUACAGCGCACCGGAAGUACAUCACGUGUAUCUUUCGCCUCCGGUGAAGUACGUGGAAUACGUCGAGAAGCCAGUUUACAUCGAAAGGAUCGUCCCGAAACCUAUUUACGGACCGCCGCAUAAAGAAUACGCGCCAGCCUGGUCGCAGCCAGAUCCGUCGCCCUCCUACGGCGCUUGGUAAACGUGGAGCGCAGUUCGUGUAAGACGAGAACGUACCGAUCUGAUCUCCUUGUUUUUACCUCGAGAUACUAGAAACAGCCAAAAUCGCGCGUGCAACGCGUCGCGUCUCAGUCAGGUCGUCUAACUUUAAGUGUAAAGAUAACAAUAACAUUACUUAGUAAUAAUAAUCGAAGAAGUUGUUAUUUUUGUUACCGAUGUAUAGAUUAA